CUUAAACACUAAAAAGAAAACACAAUUUAAUAAAAAAAAAAAUGAAAACCCUAAUCUUGGCAGUUGCCCUGGUCCUAUCCCUUAUGACUGCAGUGAAUGGCCAAGACCGACCACAAGACUACGUGGGCGCUCACAACAGGGCUCGAUCCGCUGUUGGGGUGGGGCCUAUUCAGUGGGACGAGAGGGUAGCCGACUACGCACGUGACUAUGCGAACAGGCGGAGAGGCGAUUGCCGUCUGAUCCACUCGGGUGGGCCCUACGGAGAAAACCUAGCAUGGAGCAGCCGCGACCUGUCAGGCGUGGCGGCUGUUCAGCUUUGGGUGAACGAGAAGGACGAUUACCAUUACCGUACGAACACGUGUAGGGCCGGGAAACAAUGCGGACACUACACUCAGGUUGUCUGGAAGAAGUCGGUGAAGUUGGGUUGUGCCAAGGUGAAGUGCAACAAUGGCGGAACAUUCAUCAUUUGCAACUAUGAUCCUCCCGGCAACGUUAGAGGCCAGUGGCCCUACUAAACAAACACUGUAUAUACACGUAUAAAUACACACACAUAUACCAUAUGUGUAUAUAUUUGAAUAAAAAUCAUCUAUCUAGCUAGCUAGUGAUGAUUAGCUCGUCUGUUUCUAAUUUAUUUAUGGUUAUGUAUUGUUGUAUUGUAUAUCUUGUGAUUGAAUAAUGCAUGCACUGCGGUUGUGUAGGUGCAUGUCCAUACGAGUUACACCAUGAACUUGUAUGUAUAUAUGUUGUAAUUUUCUUCUAAAUAAAAGUAUAAUAUGGACCUUUGUCCUAAAGAA